AUGGAAACGCUAAUGGACAAGUUGUUUGAGCCUCGCAGAAACGUUGUCUGCGUUAAACCCACGCGAUUGGGAGUUGUCACGGAUGGAGUUAUUGCUUUCGAGAAACCAGAUCUGAUCAAUCUGUUUGAGGGUAUUUCCUCCGAGUUUGCCUUCAUUAUCAUCGCAAGAACUAUGUCUUCCAAGCGCAAGUGCGUCCAAACGCCCAUUGAGGAGAAGGUGAAGAAGCUUAAGAUCUAA